AUGAGAGUAACACAGCAUUGGGCUUUCUUGGCCGCCGUACUAUUGGCCUUUACCAUAUGCAGUAGUCGUGCCGACGAAGAACCCUCUUGGGGUUCCAGUAGUUGGUCGUCGUCUGUCAAGGAAUCAAUGUUGGCUCGUAGAUCUGCCGAAGCUGAGGCGAAGCAGGAGGAUAUUCAAGGUCGUAAUUAUGCCGUCCAUGAACAAAUCUACAGCAACGAAACCGAAGUCAAUGAAUUGAUUGAACAGCUGAUUACCUCUCGUCGUGAGGGUAGAAUUUUAAAUGAUUACGAUCAAGUCUAUGCUGAUGGCAAUGUGGAUCAGGCUUUGAUGCAGGGUGAUGAUAUGCAAGCCCGUAACAUUGUCCGUGACAAGUUGUGUUCAUUGGGUUUGAUGAGCUGUGAGGCAGAAGGCAAGCGUCCUUACUAUUCCAACAUUUAUGCCCAGGGACCUCCACCACCACCAGGCCAUAAGUUCGGCGGUGGACCAUAUGGCCCAGCUAAACCCAUGCCACCACCUGGUUUCUACAAUGGACGUCCACCCAUGGGUCCCCCACCAUCCUCUGUCAAUUCCUUUGGUCCACCACGCAAAGUUGGCUAUGAAUCAUCGUAUAAACCUGGCUACAGACCCUCCGGCCCAGGUGGCAACUACAAUGGUCCCUAUUUGGAAUCACCUCCACCAUCCGCCAUUGAUGGCUCAGGCUUGACUACCUUCAACAAACCCCCACCCGGUGCAAUUAUUUAUGGCAGCAAACCUCCAGGUCCAGUUUACAAUGGCAAUGGUGCCGGUCCUAAUGGUAAUGUACCUCCCUAUGCCUUUGAGAAUCCCGAUAAGAUCCAUGCUGCCGGUUCCCAACAAACCAAUUUCUAUAGUCAUCAAUCAUCGGCCUCGGCUUCCCAAUCAUCGAGCACAAAGGUUGUUGUUGGGGGUACCGUAGCCAAUGCCGUAUCCACUGCCGCCAGUGCUGGUCUACAACAACAUGUCCAUCAUCAUUUCCAUCAUGUUGAUGGUGGUGAUUCCGCAAAAGUACCCACUGUUCCUGUACCAUUGGGCAAUGGCCAAACAAUAAAUACCGACUUCUCUGCCUUGGCUCAAUCUUCGACAGCCUUCAAUCCUCAGACAUCCGGAGCAUCAAGCUCCUUUGGUCAAAGUCAAAAUUCGUAUAAUGCCGGAUUCAAUGCUGCUUCCCAGGGUGGUCUAUUGUCUCAGACUUCCAAUGGUUUUAAACCUAAUGGUUUGGGUUCCUCAAAUGGUUUUGGUGCCGGUUCAAAUGGCUUUGGUUCUUCUGGUGCCUCCAAUGGCUUUGGCUCAACUGGUUUCGGUUCAGCUGGUAGCAGUUCUGGUUUCAAUUCCGGUUCCAACUUUGGUUCAGCUAGUACAGGUUUUGGUGCCGGUGGUAGUAAUACUGGUUUCGGUUCCAGUUCCAGCUCCAGUUAUCACAGUCAAAAUCCCAAUUACUACAAGAAGGAGUUGCACAAUCUGGGUGGCAUUCAAUCCUCCUCUUCGAACAAUUUCAAUAGCUUGACCUCAGGUUAUGACCAAUCGUCCUACAACAAUGCUGCUGGUGGUUAUGAUACCUCCCGCAACCAAUAUGUCGACUGCCAAUGUGUACCCUUCAAUCAAUGUCCCGCUGCCGAUCGUAUUGGCCGUAAGGAAGAUUUGAUUUUGGCCAUUGAUCCUCGUAAUUUGGGUAAGGAAAUUGAGGCAUUGAGCGAUGAAGCUGCCGCCAAUAUUACCACCAAUGCCAUGCCCGAGAAAAAGGAACAAGAAGAUGACAAAAAGCAGGAUGAAGGUGAAAAGAAACGUAGCAAACGUGAAGCUGAUCAGGCCAAGGAUAAAGAAGAUGAAGCUGCCGAUUUGCCUUUGGAUGCUGAAGGG